AUGCUUAGAUCGACGUUGUCGUUGGCCCGGGCCCACGGGCUCCGCAGCUCGCGGGUGUUCUAUUCGACCAAGCCGGUGUCGUUGACGGCACAGGUGAUGCCUUUGGACAAGGAACUGGUGCUGGAAGCCGAUGUCGACGAGUGGUUGUCUGCGGUGCAAAAGCUUAAGAAGGGCAAAGUGCAAGUGGAAACCCCUACUGAGGUCUACCUCUCGCAAAUGACCCACCCGGAAACGUUUUUGGAACAAAAGAAUGAGCCUACGGAAGCUCAGCUCGCCGAAGUGGCCCAAUACGAAGGUACUCCCAUCCCUGCCAGGGAAGACCCAGUGGUUAAGGCGUUGACCAAUAUGAUUAUGCGUGACGGUCGUAAGGCUAAGGCGGAAAAGGUUGUUCAAAGAGCUCUUUACAUGGUGUACCUCCGGACCCGUCAAAACCCCGUACAAUUAUUAACUACUACUCUCGAUAAGUUGGCACCUGUGGUGACUACGCGGGUGGAAAAGACUGGUUUUGCUAAGAAUAAGGUUGUCCCCGUGCCCUUGACCAAGAAGCAACGUAACCGUAUGGCUAUCACCUGGAUCUUGGACGGUGCUUCCAAGAAGAAGUCUAACGAUGGUGCCGUGCGGUUAGCUGAGGAGAUCGUCGCUGCCUACGAAGGUAAGCUGCUGGGCUACGAGAAGUUGGCGCAAAUGCACCGUACCGCCAUGCAACAAAGAGCCUACAUCAAGUUUUAG